CUCGUUUGGUUUGGUCUUAUCCACCGAAAGUGGGCACCAGACACGGGCUUGUAAACUAAAAGCGCAACCCCACGGCACCGGCGACAACGUCCGUGGUCUGCUCACCUUGCCGAGGGAACACCAAAAACUCUCGUAUCCGUACAGAGUAUCAUUUUCAUCAUAAUUUUGUGCGGUUUCACUGCUUGUCGUGAAAAGCCACAGAUCACACACAUACAUCUCUUUGAUCCUCAACAACCAUUUGCCUGAACCACCAUGGUCGAACUCGAGUUGCCCGAAACACCGGUGCCGGUCUGGCUGGACUGUGAUCCCGGCCAUGAUGACACCUUUGCCAUCCUCCUAGCAGCUUAUCAUCCAACAAUAAAGCUCCUUGGCCUCUCAACCGUCUUCGGAAACGCCCCUCUUGAGAAAACCACAAACAACGCCACCUCAAUCCUCACAGCAAUCGGCAAACACAAUGACAUCCCCGUCCACGUCGGUGCCGCAAAGCCAAUGUCCCGCCCGCCCAUGCAAGCCGCCACCGACAUCCACGGCGAAUCCGGCCUAGACGGCACCGACCUGCUUCCCCAACCCUCCAAAGACGCAGACCGCUCCGUCCCCGCCAUCGACGCCAUGGCCGCCGCCCUCUCCGCCCAGCCCGCCGGAACAGCCUGGCUCGUCGCCACGGGCUCCCUCACCAACGUCGCCGAGCUCUUCGCAAAGUACCCGGACCUGGUCGCGCACCUCAAGGGCCUGAGCAUCAUGGGCGGCGCCAUCGGCGACGGCUUCACUGACAUUGUGCUGGGUGUCGUGGACGGUGUCCCCCGUGUGGGUAACUGGACGCCGUGGGCCGAGUUCAACAUUAUCAUUGACCCCGAGGCCGCAGCUGCCGUGUUCCAUAAUAAGGCGCUCGCGGCCAAGACGACGCUUGUGCCUUUGGACUUGUCGCAUCAGGUUCUUGCCACUGAGGAGGUGCGGGACGCGCUUCUGUAUGGCACGCACGGCGGGGAGAAGACGGGUAAGGGGAAGACGACGCUGAGGCAGAUGUUGGUUGAGCUGCUCAUGUUCUUCGCCAAGACGUAUAGCGACGUCUUCGGCAUCACAGCCGGACCCCCCCUCCACGACCCCCUCGCCGUGGCCGCUGUGCUGACGGGCACGCGGCACGAGAUCCCCUUUCACGACUACGACGCCAAAAAGGGCAACUGCGUAAAGUACCACGAGCGCUUCGAGCUCACCGUCGUCACGGAGGGCGACCUCGAAGAGGCCAAGACGGGCAAGUCGCAGCUGGGGCGGACCGUCGCGAAAGCCCUGCCGCCGGGGAGCGAGGGCGUGAGGAUACCGCGCGGGCUGGAUAUCCCCAUGUUCUGGCGGGUGAUUGAGGAGUGCACGGAGAGGGCGGACCGGGUGAAUGCGGGCGAGGUGGCUGGGUUGAAGGAGAAUGGAACGUUGGAGAACUAAAGAGAUGAUGGGAAAAUUGGUGUCUGUUGCUGAUCCUGCUUGGUGGUUUGAAUAUACAUUUUUGGCAUC